AUCUACGGCUUCACCGAUGGCGCCAAGCCCGAGGCUGGGCGAUCCAUGGGCCGAUGGGCCGAAGCGGCCGACUUGCGGCCGAAGCGAGGGCAGCCGCUUUUUGUGCCAGAUCCGAGCAUGUCGGCCUGGACUUCCUCGGAGUGCGGCAAGCUGCAGGCGGCGCAGCUGGGGGGCGCACCGGUGCUGGACCGAGCCAAGGCUCUGGUGGCCGAGAAGUGCAAACUGCAGACCCUGGAGGCUUCCAUGGCCGGGUUGGCGCCCUUUUCCGUGUUGGCUGUGACACCGGCGUCGGAGCGAAGGAGGGGCUCGUUUCUAUGAC